CGCUGGCGCGCAGCAUGGCCACGAUGUAGCGCGGCACGCCGCGGAUCCUGCACCGUUAUCCACCACCCGGAUCACCGAGAACCCCGCAAGCUGGCGACCCUUUUCCUGUUCAGCGUCGUAUUUGUAUUUUAAAAAAAUUGUAACGUACCGUCGGAAUUUCGCAGCCCAGUUCGCCCCCCCCAGACUCUCUCUCAGCUCGACCCGUUCCUGCGCAGCCGAGCCCGCUUGCUUUAACGACCGGCGGUGGCCACAGAACGGUGCCGGGAGGGGGGGGGGCGCUUUUCUCCGCUUCGGAGACGGUGAAACAGUUGAGCAGCAGCUCGGUCCACGCUAGCUAACCCCCCCUCCCCUCCCCUACCCCCCCCCCCCCCCAGUUGGUGUCGGAAAUGGGAACAGUUGCGGGGUCUGCGUCCGUUUGGGAAGGGGCUUCUUAGAAUCACAUCGUUUCGUUUACUCUGAGAGGGGGGUGGGGGGGUGUUUUUUUUUUGUGGGAAGGCCGGGCCUCGAGUUCGAGUCGUCGGCCACCGAUCAACGAUGUUCGCCGGACUGUUGGGGUUGGGAUGUAACGGCAACUACACCGACGGCGCCCGGGCUGCCUUUCAACCCCGCCAAGGAAUGGAAGGUGGCAAAGCGUCAGCAACAGCCGGCUGCUGCAGUCGUAAGAGGAUCCACCGAAGACCAGGGUACAUGCGGGGAGAGCUACCCAUGAGCAUCACUGUUAAGGAGGGAGAGAGGAGGAUGAGGUGCAUUAACAAUGAACCAGAGUGUCCUGGCAGUGAGGGCUACAACGACGUCACUGAGCAGCCCAACACUCUUAGGGAAGGUCUGGCACCUGCUGUCAAAGUGUCCUUAUCAAACCAGCAACAGCCUGAGACAGACAAACAUACGUCUCACUCUUGGCAUAGACAAAGAUUUGUCUCUUCUGUUCCUCAUCCUCCCCCAAUUUUAGACUGUAGCGUUGCUAAGUCGACAUCCAGCCUUCAGAGCACAUCCAGUCCUCAGGUUGUGUCCUCCAAAUCAGGGAGUGACCUCAGGUUAAAUUCAGGGCCGGCCCUCCAGACCUGCACUGCACAGUCCAGGCUGACUGACCUAGCAGACUCCUUCAGCUCCAGCUUCAGUUUCAUCCGACAGUCACUCAGCUCCAACCAGAGAUCAGACUCUUCCACGGACAUGCCCAUCCCAGAACAGGAUUCUCAAGAUCAGUCAUCACUCAAACACCUGACCUCUCAGCCUGUGUGCUCAUCAGGUCCUGAACCCCCAGGUUCUUUUUAUCCAUUAGCCAAAGUGCUAAGCGUUACCCAAAUGAACCCAGUAACCCCAUCCCCAAAACUGCUAAUCCCUGUUCAACCACAGCCAUCCCCAGCCAGCCAAGCACAGAAAGAUGAACUGGUGGUGGGUGAGAGGGUUUGGCACGAACCCCGGUGGGGUGGCAGGGAAGUUACGUCUGACCUGCCCGAUUGUGAUGCUCUGUCUGUGGACUCGGACACGGCCUCCGCCUCCUCUGUAACCUCUGGCUAUGAGAGCGGCACCCCUGCCUCUGACCAAGGUUGGGACAACCUGUUGAAGAGGUAUGAGGGCAUCCUGCAAGACUGCCUCCAGAACAACCGCACUAAUGCCAAGAUUGAGUCGAUGAUGUUGAAGCUGCAAAGACUCCAGCAGAAAGCCAUUUUGGAUGAUGACUAUGACACAGCUGAACGUUUCGGCAAGAAGCUGGAGGAGCUGUGUCGGGAGAGGGGGGCACUAAAGCUGGGCCUGCCCUCCAGACAGCCCAGCGUGGCUCUGUUCCUGGAGCGUCUGAGAAAGGCGGUGCACAGUGCCCUCCAGAGGUCGGAUCACCACCGACGCAGCGAGGGGCAGGAGCUCAACACCGGGGAACGGUCGGACCCGGAGCAGAAUCCGCUCCAUCGAAGAGAUCGUCUAAUCCAAGAGAAGCGCAUUGUAGAGGCGGAGAUUGCCAAGCUGCAGCGAAGGCUGACAGAGCUGAAAGACCGCAGUCACAGUCUGGAGCAGCAGAUCCUGCAGCAGGACCAGCAGGCGGAGACUGAGGAGCUGGAGGGCUCCAUGCUGAGGGGCUGCACUGCAGACCAGCUCACGGACAUGAGCCGCGCCCUGCAGGACCUGGUCACUUCCGAGAACCGCAUGCACAUCUGUGUCUCCCCUCCACCUUCCAUGCUCAGACUCCAGGAGCAGGAGCAGGCCUUGAAUCUGUCCAUCAAAGAAGCAACUGCCAAAGUGGUCAUGAGUCAGAGGCUGGGUGGCAGCCUGAGGAGGAAAGUUAGCGAGACUGAAACUCAGCUGCUGGCUCUGCAUGAAGCCAAACUGGCCGCCAUCUCAGGCAAUGACUUCAGUAGUGCCAAGGAGCUGAAGGCUGAGAUGAAGGCUGUGUAUCUGGAAAGGGACCGGCUGGAGGGUCUGGCCAAGAGGCUCCACAGUCUGAGCUCCGGGAACAGCCAGGAGCUGGCCAGGAUGAAAGAGCAGCAGCAGCAGCUCAGACAGGAGCUGGAGCAGAGGGAGGCCCAGCACGAAAACAGGUUGAAAGAGAACACCAGCAGGUACAUUGAGCUACUGGAGGACAGAUUGCACAGUUGCGGCUGUCCGGCCCUGGAGCGGGUGUGGGAAGCAGACCUGGAGGCGUGCCACCUCUUUCUGCGAGGUGUCCAGCUCCGAACCCCCAGUUGCAGUGGGCCAGACGGUGAAGAGCUCCUUGUGCUGACGGUAUAUCAAGAAAACCAGCCGUGCACCAAAGACGAAGAGGACUGCGCCAUGCUAACCGCGCUAGGGGGUCGCUGGUGCCCUGAUGCUAACCUACAGAACUCCGAGUUCACCAAGAAACUGGAGGAGUUUUUAUUCUGCAUGGAGGAUAAUCACCCAGAGGACGACUGCAGUGAUGCUGAGGCUGUGGACCUCACAGAGCAAUGCGAGUUGAUCAGCAAUAGACUGGUGACCCUGGAGGAUGAACUGCAGAAAGCCAUACGCAACCGAGACCAGGCUCUCACUGAAUGUUUAGAGAAGGAGGUCCAGGAAGUGAAAGCCACUUUGCAGACCAUGCUGGCACAGCUCAAAGAGGAAGAUGAUGAAGCAGAGGGGAUAAAUGCGGCUCGGGAUGAUGACCUUGUGGAAAAUGGGAUUGAAGACGACGAUGAGGAGGAGGAAGAAGACCAGUACUUCAGUGACAGCUGGGACAUCUAAUGUUGAUGUCUGUUGUGUUUUAAGACCACUAUUAUACACACAGAAUCCCUCCAGUGGCUGACCCUUCACCACACUGUGAGAGCUUGACCUCGGCUUUACAGUUAAACCGACCCUAUAUCCAUUUACUGUAUGCUCACACUGAGACGACUGUAUAAUCCAGCCUUUGUGGUAUUGUCGACACUUUGAAAAACGUUUGACUUUAUGGCUGUAUGUGGUAUUUAUGUCCGAAUACAUGUAAAAGGCACAUGAAGGAUUAAAAAGAAUACGACAUACUGUAAUUUAGGUCACUUUAAAAGAACCCGUGGAUUCCAUUCCAAAAUGUGUGUAUUCUGUAUUUUUCCAGCCUACGUUUAACCUGCAGAAACAGUGCCUUAGGCAGCUGAAUGGAUUUGGGAUUUUUUUUCCCGUACGGACCAAAUUGACAAUCUCCUACUGUUAGACAUUUGCACAUGAAGAUAAAACGAUGUGUUAAAUCUUUAGCCUAACUUGCCUCUUUUUCUAUGUCAUUUCAAUACGACUGGACUUCAGUAUGAUUCUGUCCAUGAGAUAAACUCAUUGUGGUGCUACCGAGUGCAAGCUAACAUAAGCGCUUUUAUUAGUUGUGGUUCUGUUAAAAAAAAAAAAGGAAGAAGCAAGUUUGAUUUUUUUCUACUUGUCUAGUCUUGUUAAUGCAGAGUUUUGUGCCUGGUAGAUGUUUGGAGAGAAGCUAUGCAUUUUGAGCCAUUUCACCAGUCCAACUAAAAUGUGUCAUAUGCAUAUACUAAAUGAAGGUUAAAAUGUCAACGGGCACAGAAAAUGUAUUUGUUAUUGCUUUAAUUUGUGUUGUUUUGUUUUGUUUUUCUUCUAAAAAGCACUUUGUUAUUUGUCAUUGACUGCUCUUUGAAUGAAGGAUUGUUAACUUUUUUGGUCAUAGAGAUGUGAUCUAUAAAUUUAUGUGCAUUUCACUAGUAUCGCAUCACUCAAUGUUUGUAGGGUAAUAGUUUUUUGAGUUUUUGCUCGUUAUUCACUGUUGUGUUUUAUUUUUAAUUUCUGCACAGCUUGAAUUCAUUUUGUUCCAUAAUUCAUAUUUAUUCAAUAUAACGUCUCACUAAUUAAAGCAUGUUCCAUAC